CUUAUAGUAUACAAAGAAGAAUUAGCUAAAAGAAAUGCUUAAUUAUUGAUUUAAUAUAAAAUAAUUGGAAUGACAUUAAAUGGAGCGGCAAUGCAUGCCUAAGUAAUCAAACAUUUAAAUCCUUAUAUAUUAUUGAUUGAAGAGGCUGGUGAAGUCCUCGAAAAUCUAAUAGUUCCUUUACUAUUUCCCUUAUUAAAAUAAAUAAUAUUAAUAGGUGACCAUAAACAACUAAGGCCUUAAGUAAACAAUUAUUUUUUGGAAAAAAAAUACAAUCUAAACAUUUCUUUACUAGAGAGAUUAAUAAAUAACAAUAUAGAACACGUCUAAUUGAAAUAUUAAAGGCGUAUGAGAUUCGAAUUUGCUGAUUUUAUACGUUUAAUUUAUCCUAGAGAGUCUUAUGAAGACCAUCAAACAAUUUAAGUAUAUCCUAAUGUACUAGGAAUGCCCCAAAACAUGAUUUUUAUCAAUCAUAAGGAACUAGAAUCUUGUAUUUAAGAAAAUAAAAGCAAAAAAAAUUUUUAUGAAGCCAAUUAUGCAAUUGAAUUAGCUAAAUAUAUAGUAUUACAGGGUCAAUUUAAGCCUAAUUAAAUAACUAUAUUAUGUUUUUAUUUAGGGUAAACUUAAGAAAUCCGAAAAAUAGUAAGAAAGAACCACAAUAAAUAAUUAAAUGGAAUAACUAUAGUUUCAGUAGAUAACUAUUAAGGAGAAGAAAAUGAAAUUAUUAUCCUUUCGUGUAUUAGGUCAAAUAAAGAAGGAAAAAUGGGCUUUACGAAAACAGAAAAUAGAAUAAAUGUAGCCUUUUCAAGAGCUAAAAUCGGGUUUUAUAUUCUUGGAAAUUUCGGGAUGUUUAAUACUAAUUAUGAAAAUAAUAACAAAGAAACUUUAUGGUAAAAAAUUCUAACUUUAGCUAAAAAAAAAGAAUUUAUUAAAGAUGAAAUUAACUUUGUAUGUAAAUAACAUAAUUAAGGUACUCUAGUUAAACAUUAUGAUGAUUUUGUGAAAAUGCCGUUGGGUGGAUGUAAAAAAUUUUGCAAAUUAGUAAGGAAAUGCGGACAUAUAUGUCCUCUUAAUUGCCAUAAUAACCCAUGUGAAAGUUUUGAAUGUUAAUAAAAAUGCUUGAAAGUGUAUGAGUGUGGUCAUUCUUGCUAACUGAAAUGUUUUUCCAAUUGUAAUCCUUUAUGUUAAUAAUAUGUUCAUAAAACAUUAAAUUGUGGGCACAUUAAAAAUGAAGUAUGUUCAAAAAAUAUAAAUAGUAUCUAAUGUUAAGAAAUAGUCCCUGAAAAAUAGUUUCAGAUUGUAAACAUGAAAUAUAGGAUUAAUGUUAUAAAAAUUAAUUAUAAUUACAAUGUACAAUAUAAUAGUAAAUUGAAUUAAGAAAUUGUAAACAUUUAUAUCUAACAACCUGUCAUAUAAAAAAAUAAUACAAUUGCCUUUAUACCAUUAAUAUGGAAUAUUCCUUAAAUAUAAAUUGUAAGGAGCUUGUACUUAAAAAACUUAAAUGCGAUUUGCAUUCUCAACUAAUAGAUUGUUAUAUAAAUCCUUUAGAAUAAGUAUGUAAUGAAUUAGUUGAGAAAACAUUAGUGUGUGGAAUUCAUUAAUAAAAUAUGAAAUGUUUUGAUGAUCCUUUAAAAGUUAAUUGCAAAGAAAAAGUCUAAAAAUUACUCCCUUGCUCACAUUAUGCAUAUAAUGUAGAAUGUUACGAAACCCAAAUAAUAUUUAAUGUGAAGAAAAGUAAAAAAGACUUACCUUGUGGACAUUAGACAAUUGAUUCUUGUUAUGUAGAAGUAACAAAUAUUUUAUGCUAAUAAAUUGUUGAAAAGAAAUCAAUUAAUUGUGAGCAUUUCAUAUAAAUUAAAUGCUCUGAAAACCCUUAAAGUAGUGACUGUAAAAUUUUAGUUACAAAAAUAUCUCCUUUAUGUGCACAUCCGGUAUAGGAUAUUUGUUCUAAAAGCUUAAAUAAGCUUAAUUGUUAAACUAUUGUUAGUAAAUAAAUGAAAUGUGGACAUUUUAUAGAUACUAAAUGUAAUGAAAAAAUAAACGAAAUAAAAUGUUAGUUUAUGGAAUUAAAAGAGCGUUUUUGCGGGCACAAAAAAAAUGUGUAUUGCUAUUAAAAUGUAAAUGAUGUUAUUUGUGAAGAAUAUCUGACUGAAUAAUGUUCUAAAUGUGAUGGAAUUAUAUAUAGGCAAUGCUAGUCUAAAAAAAAUCAAUAAGAGUGCAAAAAUAUGGUUGAGAAAAAAAAAAAUUGCGGUCAUACUGUAAAAAUAUAAUGUAAUUAGAAAAUACCAAUUAAAUGUACAGAAGAAAUAGAAAAAAAAUAUGAUAAAUGUGCUCAUAUAAUCAAAUAUUAGUGCUAUAACUCAAAAAAUAUUCAUUAAAAUUGUAAUUAAUAAAUGCCAAUAGAAUAUAAAUGUGGUUGCAAAAAAUAUAUUUUAUGUUAUUAAAUGGAAGUAAACAUUAAAUAACUUAUGUUAAAAAUGUGAAUAACAAAAUAUACAAUAACCAUAAUAAAAAUCAAAAGAAUAAUUACCUUUAAAACAAUCUAAAAUAAAUAAGCCUGUCUAAUAAUAUUAAUCUCAAAUGUAAAAUGACCAAGAAGAACAAAAAGAUGAAUAAAAUAUAGAUUUAAUCUAAUCAAAUAAACUAAGAAGAAGACUUUAAUAAACUUCUCCAUAAAACCUCUAAAAAAAUUAAUAGCUUAAUAUUGUCGAAAAAACCAAAGAAUAUGUAAAAGAACCAACUAAAGAACCAUUCAUAUGUGGUCAUUAAUAAAUAACUAACGACCAAAAUGAAUAUGACUGCAACUCAAUAUGUAAUAAAGAGCUUUCUUGUGGACAUACUUGUACAUCAAAAUGUAGAAAUUGUUUAUAUGGAUUAUUACAUUACCCUUGUUAAAAAAUAGUAUAAGUCUAAUUGUUUUGUGGGCAUAAAAAAUAAAUGAAAUGUUCUGAUUAUG